AUGAGGUCACAGUACAUCACAGCACCCACAGUCACUGUCCUCCUGUUCCUGCUGUGGGUCCAGUCGUCAUCAGGCUGCAACAAGGCUCUCUGUGCUAGUGAUGUCAGCAAAUGCCUGAUACAGGAGCUGUGUCAGUGCCGCCCUGGGGAAGGGAACUGCUCCUGCUGUAAGGAGUGCAUGCUGUGCCUGGGAACGCUUUGGGAUGAGUGCUGUGACUGCGUUGGUAUGUGCAACCCUCGCAAUUACAGUGACACACCUCCGACGUCCAAGAGCACUGUUGAGGAGCUGCAUGAACCAAUUCCUUCCCUUUUCCGGGCACUGACAGAAGGGGACACUCAGCUGAACUGGAAUAUCGUUUCCUUCCCUGUGGCAGAAGAACUGUCACACCAUGAGAACCUUGUUUCCUUUCUAGAAACAGUGAACCAGCCCCAGCAUCAGAAUGUCUCUGUCCCAAGCAACAACGUCCACGCACCAUACCCUAGUGACAAAGAGCACAUGUGUACCGUGGUGUAUUUUGAUGACUGCAUGUCAAUACAUCAGUGCAAGAUCUCUUGCGAGUCCAUGGGAGCUUCCAAAUACCGAUGGUUUCACAACGCCUGCUGCGAGUGCAUCGGGCCCGAGUGCAUCGACUACGGCAGCAAAACUGUCAAAUGCAUGAACUGCAUGUUCUGAAGCAGCAGGAUUGUGACAC